GUUCAUUAUCACCGACGACGUGGGCACGCCGCUGUACCUCGACCACGAGCUGGACGACGAGGCCAGGAUGGUGUGCAUGCAGGUGGCAGCGACGCAGGACCUCAUGUCGACCAACUUUAAUCAGUGUUUCAAUGGCUUUCGAUGUGGUGGUGGUCUCGAGUGUGUGCUCAUGAGAAAGUCGGGCAUUCAUUUGAUGGUUCUCUCCGAUGAAGGCGAGAGUCACAACGCGCUCGUUCGUCAGCUCGCCCUCAUUCAUGCCAUGAUGGUCUUUGUCUUUGGCUCGCGCAUGCUCCGCAAGCUCAAAUCGCCCAUGCAGAGGGAAAAGGCAAAGGCAGAGGCGACUCUUCGGAGAUGCAUCGAUGCUCUCAUCCACUUUUGCGCCACAGAGCAGUCGUUUCUGGUCUCCUCGCUCGAGCGCCUCGAGGUCAACGACGAUCUCCGUGCCCGCUGCUGCUCCGCCCUCGCCGACGCCGUCGAUGCCUCGCCGGGAACCUUCCACGCUCUCCUUUUUGUCGGCUCCAAGCUUGUGGCCCAGUACUCACGCGAGCGGGUUUUUGAGCUCCUUCCGGCCGACAUCUCGCUCAUCACCAUCUACUUUCACUCGCUCUUCUUCCCCAAGUCACGGACGGGGCAGGGCGCACUCCGCACCGCAUCGCCGCCGCCAGGCGCUGUCAAGCCAUCUGGCGCGCCACCGUCGCCGGGCUAUCGCGACGACGUCUCGGUCUCGUCGACCCAGGCCCGCGCCUCGGCCUCGGCCGCCCGCGCCGCCGCCGCCGCCCACGGCUCGCCGACCUCGCCGCAGGUUCCGGCCACGCCCGCGCCCCGCGCUCCACCCUCGCCCGACGCCUCGCCCAUCGCCCCCGCCGACGACACCCAGCUGGCCGACGAUGACGACGACGACCUCUCCACCGCAGGCUCUGUCGCCGCGGACGAGAGCCUCUCGCGCAAGGCGUCCGGCCGCGGCCCAGGCUCGGCGGGCGUGCCCAUUCCGAGCCCGUCCCAUGGGCAUGUCGACGCUGACGACGUCGCUCGCUCGACCGCCAACGAAAUGUUCUUUACCCCGCAUGACUCGGUUGCGGCCUCGCUCGCCCGGUCAAACAUUGUCCUCCGCAUGCCAAGCGCCCGCUCCCGGCUCAUCCACUUCCAGCUCGCCGGCCGUCUCGCGUCCGUCGUCGCCACUCAAGCCGACCAUCUCGGCCUCUUCGGUCACCACCGCUGACGAGGCAUACGCUACACCCACCGCCGAAUCUCUCACCACCGCCGCCCGCCUCGACGCCUCUAUCGAGGUCGAGUCGGCGCUCUACCGCUCCGCUUAUGACACCAUGAUCAGCGCGGCCGGCGGCGAGAGAAGCGGCGGAGUGCGCCCCACUCAAGCGGCCGGUACUGCUUCAGCGGGAGGAGCUAACGGCGACGACGACGACGACGAUGAUGAUGACGACGACGAGGUCUUUGUUGACGCCAAGGGCAAGCUCACCCCGCGCGACGCCCGCUCACGCAAUACGUCAUUUGACGAGCUCCCGCCGCUCGACGACGCCCCGCCUGACUCGCUGCUGGAGACAGUCUUUCUCCAUGUCAACGGCUCGCUCGUCCCAGGUAGGCUCUACUGCGCGCUCCUCGCACCCAACACCUCGCUUGUACUUGUCUCGGAGCGCGUGGCGGCGUCCGAGGCCGAGGCCGAGCAGGCACACGCCGCGUACGUCCGGCAACUUGUCCAGCGGCAGCUGGAGACCUUUGUCGACUUUUUGGUCAUCAAGGCCCAGGCCCACAUCACCAUGCUCUCGUACUUGUACUACUUUCCGGGCAUGGUCCACUUUAUGUUUGUCGACCGGACCCACGAGCAAGUGACGGCGCCGACGAUUAUCCCGCUCCACGGCCGGCUCGCCGAGCCGGACUCGAGCACUGGGCCUGAGCCGUCGGGCUCAGUCGCGUUCAUCAAAGCCCGGGUGUGGGACCUUGCCCGCCACGCCCACGAGGCGCUCGCCGCCGGCUUCACCUCACUCGCCCUCUACAAGGACGGGCUCUGCUACUCGUACCACCUGGUGGCUGAGAACGGCGACGGCGAGUCGCUGCCGAUCAGCCUCCCAGCCACCCCACAGGGCAACGCGCUCGAGCUCAACGCGCUCAAGUCGGUCAUUGCGGCGCAGCACCCGGACGUCCGCCACCUUCGCGUCUACGAGCUGUACGCGCUCUACGUCGGUACCCUCCCGCUCGAGUCGAUCGGCCAGUGUAACGCCCGGCUUCUCUCGAUGAUCCGCGAGGACCGCUCGCUGCGAGUCCUCCGGACGCUCGAGCACUACAACGUCUCGUGGUAUUGAGCCACCGGGUAGCGUGACUAAAGCUUGGCGUCGUCGCGCGCAAAGACAGCCCA